UAGAGUAGUUAUGUAAGCAGCGUGCCCUUUUGCUGGACUCUUGCAAAUCUGCCACGAUGAACAUGAUGGCGAUGAUUUACCGGUUGAGAACCGCCGCUUGUCCUUGGCGCUGUAUCUUUCAACACCUCAAGGUAGAAGAUGCAAUCGCAGAAUGGGAAUGAUGCUCCCGCCAAUCAAUUUUCAUGCACGCAAUGCCGAACACGGAAACUGAGGUGCGAUCGCGCUCGCCCGCGCUGUGGACGGUGUGCGAGGCUUGGGGACAGCUGCGACUAUCCACAGUCAAGAAGAGCGAAUGUCGGCAGGAGGAAACGCGUGCAUGAGCUAGAGGCUAAAUUAGAGCAGCUUGAGCGGCUGGCAAAGACCGGAGAUAACCCUUCUACCUCUGAAAAUGACGAAACUCCGCCCCAACAAAUCGCCAGCGAGAAUGUCGAUUAUUUGACGGGAGAUUUGCCGCAUGCAACGACAUCUACCAACGGUUCUCCAGGUCAUAUUCAACCCCCACCAAACGACAAGACGUCUUUUACAGAACUGCUCUCCCUCGGGCUUUUAGAGCCAUCACCGUCUCAAGACAUUAUUGAGUUUUUGACGAGAACCUACUUUGAUAAAUGGCAAUACGCCGCGCCAAUGUUGCACCCGACUCGGUAUACCAUGUCAUUGUACUUGCCGCCUCACAUGCAGCCUCCAAUGUGUCUACAAUACAUCGUCAUGGCCUCCGGCGCAGAAGUGACCAAGACCCACCGGCAGCUAGCCAUGCCGUUCUACCAUCGCGCAAAGGCAUAUGUAGAAGCCGAUGAAAUGAGAGGUGAUGGGCAGUUCUUUGCUACUGUAGCACAUGCUCAGUGCUGGACGCUGAUUUCCAACUUUGAAGCCCAGCAACUCUACUUCGCACAGGCCUCAAUGAGUCUUUGCCGAGCCAUCAGAAUCGGUCAGAUGCUUGGCCUUCACCGGGUUGACGGGGAAGGCGUCGACGCGAUGUCUCUGCUUCCACCUCCGCAGGACUGGUCCGAGGCAGAAGAGAGAAGGAGGACGUGGUGGGUGAUUUACUGCUCGGAUCGAUUGGUCAGCGGGAGCACGGGCUGGCCGGUCAUGAUUAACCAGCAAGAUAUUACUACACAUCUCCCUGCAUCAGAAACGGCCUUUGAGACGGGCGUCGAGGAGCAGGCGAGCCCGCUGACGAGCAUCCUCCUCCAAGAAGGUCGCGACUUCUCCGCCUUUGCAGGAAGGGUGCUGGCCGCGGCAUCUUUCUUCCAAGCUUUUCAGCACUCGACACGAACAUUACCAGACGAUGACCUUACCGACCCACGUACAAGUCGGAACUGGAAACGCCAUCGCGAGAUUGACAACGAUCUCGUAGGUCUCCUUGCCGCCCUCCCGGACGACCUGACGCUCCCCAAAAACAUCCAAAGCCGCAACGCUACCUUUGUUAAUGCCAUAAUCCACACGUCGAUUAUUUUGCUACACAGAGCGGCUCUCGCCAGGAUAGAGUCGUUCGGGCUGCCGGAGCACAUGGCGAAACAGAGCCAGGCGAGGUUGAUUUGCGCCGCCGAAGAGAUUCUUAAUAUCAUCCGAAUGAUGCCCGAUAUCACGCAGACGCUCAAGAAUCCCAUGAUGACCUUCUCCAUAUACACGGCCUCUCUCGUGUUCCUCGAAAACUGGGAUACGUCGGCUCAAGACUAUCGACGGCAGGAUAACCUCGAUUUUAUCCUUCGCAUCAUCAUAUUGGCUGCUAAGGCGUGGAACAAUCCCGUCACGAAGUCCACAGCAGUUCAGCUCGCGGUGGAUAUGCGACAGCGAGGUCUCGAAUCCGAGGCAGUCGACAAGGCAACUGAAUUGUCACCAGGCCUCGAUAUGGAACCUAUCAUGGCAAAGGGGUCAUCUUCAUCCUCCAACUUCGUGUACCAGGUCAAGACCGCGGACGAUGCAGCACACAACAUGACUGAGUAGCAGCUGAACUGCAAUCGCUUUGCUAUUGAAGACUAUCCUGUGGAAGGCCAUUGUUAUUUUGAAGGC